GUGGAUUUCGCGUGGGAAGUUGGGGGGUGGGAGCCCUCCGACCGAGAACCUUCCACUAGCUGAGGAUCCCGGGAAAAGGACUCUGGCUCUAGAGGACGGAUCCCCUUCUCUUCUCUCACUUCUCUAUGCCCCCUUUCCCAAGAUGAAUUCCUCAUCCGUACCCCGCCCUUCCGUACUCCGGAAUGUCCCUGCCCCCAUCCCAGGGGAAAAGAGGCAGCUGGAGCCUAGAGCCAGAAGGAACUUUAGAAGGAAGUAUGGGUUAGCUGGAAAGGAACCUUAGUGCAGGACAUGGAACGUUAGAGUACAGAGUGGAAGAACCGGAAGGACCUUUAAACUGAGAAUGGAGGGGGCCGGAAGGAACCUUAAGAGUUAGGGAUGGAACCUUAGAGCAGGGGGUGGAAGAACCGGAAGGACUCUUACACAGGGAAUGGGAGGGCCGGAAGGAACCUUAGAACGGGGGUGGGGGUUGGGACAGCCGGAAAGAACCUUAGAACAGAGGUUGGAAGAACCGGAAGGAGUCCUAAACAAACAGGGAUUGGAAGGGCAGGAAGAAAUGCUAGACUUGUGGCUUUAAGAACCAAAAGGCAGUUUGCCGUGGAGGCUGAAAAUUCUAAAAGAGCCUUAAAACCGGGAGAGUGCCGGAGGGCACCUUAGGGGGAGAGAGAGAGAGAGUGAGAGCUGGAAACAUAUGCUAGCAUGUAGCCCUAGGAUCGCAGGUUUGGAGGUGGAAGGGACUUUCGGGGCCAUGUGGUCCAGUCUUUUCAUUUUAUAAGCCAGGUAUAGGAUCCAAGUGUUAUUCACCCAUUGCAUCAGAAUCUGGACAUGGUAGAGGGGAAAGGAAGGGAAGGAGCAAGACUGAGGGGUUUCAGACACAGUUUUGAGCUGGAUUUGCCUGAACCCAAGCAAUGCCUUGUUCUUAGUCCCCCCCUUGCUUCCUUCCCUGCUUCGUGGAGAUGGAGCAAGCUGCAGGCGCCCCCUUGUGCCAAGGGAAGAGCAUUGGUUUCUUCCAGUUGAUUGAAUUAAACAGAUUUAGGGAGCUCAUUUGCACAUGGAUUCCCUGAAUGCCCUGAGGAUGCAGCUUGGGGAACCGUCCUGGAGAGAAGUGCUGAGGUUUGCUGCGUUCUGCCGAUUCCUGACUCUGGUCCUCCAGGCCCUGUUCAAUGCCUUCAUCCCGGAUCAUGCCGCAGAUGCCUUCUCCCCACCCCGCCUGGAGCCUGCCGGCCUGGGGGACCAGCUAGUGGAAUGGCUCCUCGGGGGCUUGUCCCGCUGGGACGCAGAACACUUCCUUUUCAUUGCGGAGCAUGGUUACAUCUAUGAGCACAACUUUGCCUUCUUCCCGGGUUUCCCCCUGGCCCUGCGGGUGGGGGCCGAGCUGGUACUGUGGCCGCUGCAGUGCCUGCUCACCCUCCGGAGUCGCCUGUUGUUGACGGCCGCCCUGCUCAACAGCCUGUGCUCGGUACUGGCAGCCUUGGCCCUCUAUGAGCUGAGCUGCUUAGUGCUGGGCUGCCGCCGCCUGGCCCUCCUCUCAGCUCUGCUCUUCUGCCUCAGCCCCGCCAAUGUCUUCCUGGCAUCAAGCUACUCUGAGAGCCUCUUUGCCUUCCUGGCCUUUAGUGCUAUGAGCCAGCUGGAGAGGGGCCGAGGCAGCUACAGCACACUCCUCUUUGCCCUCGCCACGGCCGUGCGCUCCAAUGGGCUCAUCAACACUGGCUUCCUUGUCCAUGCCCAGUGCCAAGACCUCAUCUCGGCUCCACGUCCCCCUCGGGCCCUUCCUCAGGCCCUGUGGAGGCCCCUGCGGCUGGUGGCCUUUCUGUUGUUGAGAGCCCUUGGGGUCGGUCUGCCCUUCGCCCUAUUCCAGUACUAUGCCUAUGGCCAGUUCUGCCAGCCCCACUCGGCCCGCCUCAUCCCUGAGCCCCUUGUACAGCUGGCCAAGGACAAGGGCUACCGGGUCACAGCAGGCAGCCAGCCCAGCUGGUGUGCCUGGCGCCUGCCCCUUAUAUACAGCUACGUCCAGGAUGUCUACUGGAACGUGGGCUUCUUAAGGUACUUUGAGCUGCGCCAGGUGCCCAACUUUCUCCUGGCAGGGCCGGUGGCUGUGCUUGGGGCCUGGGCGGCCUGGACCUAUGUGACUGCCAACCUCCAGCACUGCCUCACCCUUGGGCUCUUGUGGAGCAAGGGCAGGGCGGAUGAGAAGGCUAGAAAGCCUCCUCCUGGAUUCCACAGCCCCCGGGUGUUUGUCUAUGUGGUGCACUGCACUGCCCUGUUGUUCUUCGGAGCCCUGUGUAUGCAUGUGCAGGUUCUCACCAGGUUCUUGGGCUCCUCCACUCCUGUCAUCUACUGGUUUCCAGCUCACCUGCUUCAAAACCGGGAGCCCCUGUUGUGGACUCAAGAGACUGUGCCUGAGAAGGUCCCUGUAAUGUGCUCCCUGCUGGGACAAGAGGCCCUAAAGAAUCCAGUUUGGGGACUUCUCUGCAAUUGGAGAGCUUGCUCUGGAGUCACAUGGGCCAUUCUGGGCUAUUUCCUCUCCUACUGGCUCUUGGGACUGCUCCUGCACUGUAAUUUCCUGCCUUGGACAUGACCCAGAGCCCCAGAGGACAUCCAAGCUAUGCUGCAGACUUUCCCAAGGGGCCUGAAACUAGUCAGUUGAGUUGUGAGGCUACUUGAAAUAGAAGUCCUCAUCCACAAUGCUUUCAAGUGAGCUGGUUGAGAGUUCAAAGAAAAUGUUGGCCAUUGGAGAUUCCCUUUCUGCUCUGGGUACAAAUGGGAGAGGCACUUUGGCCAAAGUUUUCUUUCAGAUCCAAACUGAACCUGGUUUUUUCUGCUCAACCCAGUCAUUAAACAUCUCCAGCUCCCCACAGAAUCUCAGAAUUGAAAAGGAACUCUGGGCUUGAAGCAGGCCUACUUAUGCCCAAGUUCCCUUCCUCACCAAUAUCUGUUCUCCACUUAAAGAUUUCUACUGACUUGCUUGCCAGCACCCCCUUCCUAGUCAUCCCACCCCUUAUGGCCUUUCCUAUCCAUGACUAACCAAGUCAACCAUCUGCCCAUGUAGGUGUCAUUUAUCUUAUCUUGGCCUCUUCUCUUUUCUGGGAAGGGAGGGUAGUGUGACUUCCCUGAGAGAAGGGGCACAGCCACAGGACCUCCUGGCUGAGGAACCCUAGGGACUCAUUCAUGAUAUAGUAGGUAGCCUUAUCAUCCAAAACAAUGUCACCUUAUCUGAUAACUUUGAGUCCAGAGGAUAGUGUAAGAAUACCCCCAUUCCUUUUUAAAUUUUAAGCCUUUGCCUUCCAUCUUAGAAUCAAUACUGUGUAUUGGUCCAAAGGCAGAAGAAUGGUAAGGGCUAGGCAAUGGGGUUUAAGUGAUUUGCCCAGGGUUACCCAGCUAGGAAGUGCUAAGGCUAGAUUUGAACCCAAGAUCUUCUGUCUCUGGAUCUGGCUCUCACAGACUGAGCCACUUAGCUCUCCCCAACCUCAUGACUUUCAAAGAAUAGAUCCAGAUGAAAAAUGGAGUCUUCAUUUCUCCCAUUGGUACCAAGUAGACUGAUUUGUCAUCACCCUACUGCUUAGUCCUUGCACAAAUCACUUCCCAUGCCAAGCCUCAGUUUCCAUUUUUGUAAAAUAAAGGACUCUAAAUAUUAUCAAAAGGCCUUCUAAUUUUAAUCUGAUUAUUUUAUAACUAAGAGACCCUUUUGCUGCUCUAGUAGGAUCUGGAAACUUUGUAUGGAAAUUUAGAAGUUCAGGAACAUCAAUCUGAGGAGGAAGGGAGAACUCUAGUAAGGGUAGAAAUAGACCAAGCACAUUUCAAGAGAAACAUUUGAGGAAAAUUUUCAGGAAACAGGCACAUUCUUACUUGACAAGAGAGAAGGUACUUGCCAUGGGGCUGUAGCAGCCCUAACACCAAAAUCUAGAGAAGCUGGACUAGGUGGAAAAUUCGAUACCCCAUCCGCUGAAGUAAAGGGAGACCCCGGAGGAAAUCAAGGGCAUUCAUCAAAUGAGGGAGAAGGUGGUUAGAUGGAUCCACUCCACAGAGCAGAGACUUGAGAGAAAUGGUUACAGUGAUGGAAGAAAUGUGGGAGAAGCCAGAUGUGGAAUUGCAACAGGUGAUUCACCUAUCACCGUAUCUGCCAGUCAUCACCAACUUGGUGUCUCAUGGGUCAGCUUGUAUUUGGCAUGUUCAAAACAGCUCAUCUUCAUCCUUUAUUUUUUAUUUGUUUUUUUUAAACCCUUAUCUUCUGUCCUAAAAAUCAAUACUGUGUAUUAGUUCUAAGGUAAAAGAGCAGUAAGGACUAGGCAAUUGGGUUUAAGUGACUUGCUCAAGGUCACACAGCUAGGAAAUGUCUAAGACUAAAAUUUGAACUCGGGACCUCCUAUCUCUAGUCCUAGCUCUCCAUUUACUGAGCCUCCUAGUUGCUCCUGUCCUCAUCCUUUAGAAUCCAUCCUUUUCUGAACACCUUCAUUUUAACUAAGAGCACCAUCAUCUGCCCAGUCACCCACAAACCUAGCUGUAGAGCCAUCAUUCCUCUCCCUUGCAUUGUCCCGUCAUUUCAGUUACCAAGUAUCUGUGCUGUUUCUACAGCAUCUCUAGUGUUACUUCCCUUCUUCCCAUGUGCAGUGUCUCUGCUCUUGUUCUUAAGUUGUUCUUGCCCUCACUCCUCUCCUCUGUACUCCAGUAGCCUCCAGUCCUCUUCCCCCCUACCCCCCAGAAUUCCCUCUCCACCCUGUCCUCCACAGAGCUUUCAGAUGCACAGUUCUGACUGUAUUGCUCCUCUACUCAAAGAGCUUCUAUGACUGCUGUAUGAAGCACAUACUCCUCUGGCAUCUAAAGGAUGCCACAGUCUGGCUCUGACUUCAUCUGUCUGGACUGAUUUCACAUUACUCUUCAUGACACCCUCAGCUUUCCAGGUAUGCUAAGCCUGCUGGCUCUGCCUCCUGUACUUAAAAUGCUAUUCCUCGGGGGCAGCUCACAGUGGAUAAAGCACCGGGACUGAGGUCAGGAGGACCUGGGUUCAAAUCUGGCCUUAGACACUUCUUAGCUGUGUGACCCUGGGCAAGUCACUUAACCCUGAUUGCCUAGCCCUUACCACUCUUCUGCGACAGAAUUGAUACCAAGACAAAAGGUUCAUUUAAAAAAAAAUUGCUAUCCCUUCUUAUCCACUUCUUGGAAUUCCCAGCUGUAUUCAAGGCUUAUCUCAAGCAUCACUCACUAGUCAGUGCCUUCUCCCCAAGGAUUAGGGCUCCCCUUCCACCAAGGAAGAUGCCUUCAUAUUACCCUGUGUACAUGUUGUGUUUGUUUCUUUGGGUAUGCCUCGUUCCCUACUCCUUACCCCACCACCACCACCCCAGGAGAGGUACCAUUUUUUCAUUUUGCUUUUGUAUCUAUCCUUGCUGUCUUGCCCCAUAAUAAAUGCUUAUUGAAGCUUGGUUGGGGAAUAUGGACACGGAAUGCUGCAUAAAAUGUGGGCCUCGAUUCAUCAAGUGUUUGCUGAGCCGUUUUUUCUUAUUCUUUUUUUAUUCCUUGUAACAUGUAACUGUACAGCAGCGAAAGUAUUCAAAUAAAAAUCAAAAUGAUUUGGCA